AUGGCUGAAGCCCUUAAGAGAGCUAAAGGUUUUAAAUCUAAAGAUCCCUUUUUCAUGAUUUGCAUGCGACCAUCAUUUGUUGGAACUAAGCUUAAUAUGAUUAUACCAUCUGUCUUUGAAAAACAUUACCUCCUUAGUACUAGUAAGCAUCAAGAUGUGAUCCUUAAGGUUCAGGAUGGAAGGACCUGGUCUGUGAAAUACUAUUUCAGAUCGCAUGGCAGGUCUCCAAAAACCAGAUUUGAGGGUGGUUGGAAGGCAUUUGCUGAAGACAAUAAUUUGAAAUUAGGUGAUGUUUGUGCCUUUGUUUUGAGAAAGAGUACGGGGAUAAUGUUGUUUGAAGUCAUUAUUUUUUGUGAAAAUGGAGUAACAAAUUCCCCUAUGUUACCAGAACUUAAUGUCAUGACAAAAGAAAGUCGAUCAAGUAAAGUAGAAUCUUGUAGCACCAUGAAGGAGCAAGUUCUUGAAAGAGCAAGUUGUUCUCAAACUAAAAGGCCAUCCUUCACAGUCACUAUGCGUGCAGUGUAUACAACUGGCCGUUGUAAUUUUUGCUUACCAUACAAGUUUGUGGAGAAGUACAUUACUAAGAAAGAAUGUGAGGUAAGGCUUUGGGUUUCAGAUGGUAGAUCUUGGUUUGUCCAAUUAAGGGUGAGGCAAAGAAAUGUGUUACCCAGAGCUGAAUUGUUAAGCCAUGGCUGGAAAGUAUUCGCACUGGACAAUAGUCUGCGAGCGGGUGAUAUUUGCACAUUUGAACUUACUAACAAUGGCAAUGAAAUUUCAUUUAAAGUUUCCAUUGUUAAGAUAGCUGAUGAUGCAUGUAACAAGCAAGCCAACAUGAUUCCACAGAACCUGAUUGCAAAGAUAGAACAAGAGAAAAUUAAAGUUGAACCUUCAGACAGCUUUAUGAAGCUGAUAUCUGAAGCAAAUACUGGUAAUCAAGAUUAUAAAUUUUCUGCUGGGUGGGCAGCAUUUGCAAAAGGGAACUCUCUUCAGCCAAGAGAUGUAUGCAUCUUUGAGCUAAUGAAGAGAAAUCAAUAUGAGAUGAAAGUUUAUAUAUUUAGACAAAGUGGUUUGGCUCAAGAGUAG